AUGAACAAUAAUGCAGCUGAAAAUAACUUAUUGGCAACCCCUGUUUUAAGUAUAAGGAAUUCAAAAAACCCUGGAACUGCGAUAAAAUGGCUUGACUUAAGCCUUCAGGGUCUUAUUCAGCCAAGUACAACAAUCGAUUGGGGACCCUUCCUCCUUCUAUUUCACUUUUUUUGCUUCGCCGCUUAGAUAUUCUAUGCACAUAUUGCAAUAUUGAAUGCUCGGCCUGCGGCGGUACAAGGAGAAGGGAAUUGACGCGGAAUGAGAGGAAGGACACGCCUCUUCUGUGCCUAGGAUGUGGGGAUGUAAAGGAUUGUGGUGCACAUACAGCACGCGCACAUUCCACACAGAAAAGCGAGCUGAACUAUAAGGGAAAAUAGAAUAAAACUCACAAUGACAAGCAAGGGAUUUCAAUCGUUAUGCGACUCGGGUAAUGCGGCUUCACUUAUAUAUAUAUCCUCUGAUCCAUAUGCAUUAUGGUUCAUUAUGACAGGGCAAGGCCAGCAAACGACUGGACAGGCAUUGCGCAUACGCCGCGUUGAACACUCGUUCCAACGAUGCGGAAUAAGAGCAGCUGGAACAAAAAAUCACUGCCGCAAAUCGAAUAAAACUGCAGAAAACCCCAUUACACUAUUUAAGACUGCACUUAAUUGUGGCAGCAAAUUAAAUUUUGCAGAAAUGGGUCAAAAGAUUAAAUAAGCAUAUGUCGAACCAUAGCCAGCAUACGCCCUGUGGUCCAGCCCAAUUAGGGAACCAACUCGAUAAACACACCGGAAAAGUUAUUGCAUAUCUAUAUACUAUCGACUAUCGCCUUAUUAUUAGCAAUCGGCCAGCCUCCAAGUGAACCAUUCCUCUAUUUUCCUUUCUUUUUCCCUGGGUUUUCCCUUUGUGAUUUAUGUCUUCGUCAUUGGCGAACAGGAAGCAGUGGGGUUGAGGCUGGCUUUUACGCAGUUUUGCUGACCUGACAGCGGCGGCAACAGUUUCCGCUCUUAUUUAUGGCUCCAAGGUUUCCCAUUUGGGCAUUGCAUAACUUAGUCCAAGAAAACCCGUUAAGUGGUUGGACUUUCACUUGAGGGAUGGUUUCUUUAAGUGGCUCACUCACAGUUUCUGCAGAAUUACCAAAACCUCUCUCAAGUAGAAAUCAUAAAUUUCGAUCUUCAUCCAUUAUUUGGUACGCAUUCAUAUCGGCAUUCUGCUGUUUUUUAACCAUUCUUUUCAGCCAACUUUUUUUUGCCUUGCCACC